AUGGGUUUCAUUGAGGACGAGCUCAAGCAGCUCAAGGAUGUUCUUAGCACCAUUGACACUCGCAUCAAGAAGCUCGAGGCGCGAGCCACUGGCGGUCCCGUCUCCACUGAAGAGAUCCGAAUGAUCCUCAUCGGUCCUCCUGGUGCUGGAAAGGGAACUCAGGCCCCCAAGAUCAAGGAGCGCUUCUCUUGCUGUCACUUGGCUACCGGUGACAUGCUGCGAUCCCAGGUCGCUAAGAAGACCCCUCUCGGUGUUGAGGCCAAGAAGAUCAUGGAUGCGGGCGGUCUGGUCAGCGACGAUAUCAUGAUUGGCAUGAUCAAGGAGGAGCUCAACAGCAACAAGGAGUGCCAGGGCGGCUUCAUCCUCGAUGGUUUCCCUCGAACUGUCCCCCAGGCCGAGAGUCUCGAUGCCAUGCUCACGGAGCGAAACCAGAAGCUCCAGCACGCCGUCGAGCUCCAGAUCGACGACUCUCUUCUCGUUGCCCGUAUCACUGGCCGAUUAGUCCACCCCGCUUCCGGACGCUCAUACCACACCACCUUCAACCCUCCCAAGGAGUAUAUGAAGGACGACAUUACUGGCGAGCCUCUUAUCCAGCGAAGUGACGACAACGCCGAGGCUCUGAAGAAGCGUCUUGUUACCUACCACAAGCAGACCGCCCCUGUUGUCGGUUACUACAAGAAGACUGGUAUCUGGAGCGGACUCGACGCCAGCCAAGAACCUGGGCAAGUGUGGAAGAACAUGCUCAAGGUCCUCAACGAGAAGCGAGCUUAA